AACUGCUCGGGCGGCUCGUCGUGCUCCACGCCCGGGCAUCGCGACUCUAGCUCCGUCUGCGGUCGCCGCCGCCCCCCCUCCCCGACCGGGGAAGGGGCGCAUGUUUACGGCUGAUAUUUGUGCAUUUGGGGCAUCUGGGGAUGGGCGUGUGCGGACGGUGAUUGUGGGACUUGCAUGACCUGCAUGCGGGGUGAGGGUGCUGGAGGAUGGAGCAGGGUUUGAUCCUCUUUGGGGUGUCUGGAGUCCGGCUGGUGGGUUCUGUACCUUUAACGGGGCUCCAGGGUUUGCUGGAAUUACGUCAGAUAAACAGGUUCCUACAUCAGACCAUCUCCGGCGUCUGUUCACUGUGCUUCCAGGCCCGGGUUGCCAACUUUGCUGGCUGUAGAGAGAUUUUCAAUUCGAGACAAUUCUGCACACACACGCACACGCAUUUACAUAUAUGUUCCAGUUUUAUUGCCUUAUAAAUAGUCUGCAGGGUUUGCAACCCCCCCCAUGUCUUUUGAUGUAGCUAAUUUAAUGUUUGUGAUGGAAUAAUAUAGAUUUGGCGUAAGAUUUCUUGCGUGAGGGUGAGUGUAACGCCAGAUGUGUGAGAUGUGGCAACCCUGCCAGUCUGUCUGAUGGAGGGAUGCCCUCAUUCUCAAAACUAUUCCUGUCCAGUUCUGUGCCGGGGUCCAAGUCAAAAGGGAGAGCCGUAUCUGCCGUGAGAGAGGGGCUUGGUAGCUCAGGGUCUGCUGCUAUAUGGGAUAUUUCUGAGGAUAGCUGAAUUGUCCUCCGGUUUGCAUGCAUUUCAAAGGUUUUCAGGAUUAUAGUCUGUCUGUUUAAAUGGGAAUUCUUGGAAAUGUGCUCAGUCGGUUUUUCUUCAUUAAUUGUUUCACUAGAGAUGUCGAGGACAGUAAAAUGCAUUUUGGAACAUGUAACCCGGAGCCCUCUGACAGCGAGGGGGGGGGCUCACCUAGCCUUUGGAUUUUCGGAGCCCUUGGUUAUGAUGUCAGACCAGUUUAAACUCCCACAGUCAAGCAGAAUUAUUAACUCCAGAUUGAUGUGUUAUGGUGGCACAUCACCUUCAUCGCCGGUGUUGUUUGACCGGUUAGACAACACAGACCUUCAGCUGCUGAAAUGCGGAUCAUUUUGAAGUAGCGGCCUAACUUGUUUUAGCCCGGGCCUGUGCUGACCCGGGGCCAGUCUUACUGCCUUGGGGCUUAAACGACGUAAUGUUUCCGCUUGGAACCUGCUGAGGGUUCUUUAAAGAGUCGGCGCGUUUGGAUUUCUCCUUACGAAGGACCUUCAGUCUUCUUCUGGCUUAACGCCGCUCUUUGAGUAGAUAAGUUCGGACGGUGGCUGCAGUUUCACCUUCUGGAGCGUCGUCAGAAGAGUAUUGUUGAUUUGUUGUGUUCCCCGUUUGGAGACUAGCUUUGUUUAUCUCUGUUUAUCAAUAAACACCUUGACAAAGAACUUCCUGUUCACCUCCGGUUUAUCUGGUCGUAUCUGUGUAAUUCUCACUGUAGGGCCAAUAACACAGUCACCUCCCCAAGAGCUAAUCCUGUGCAUCUUCGAGUAUCUGUGCGUCUUCUGCUCCCUUCCUGGUUCGCUGGUCAUGCUCUUCCCUUGUGAGAUCUUUACAGCUGGGUGUAUAUUCUCUGAAAGUCAUAUGACUUGGACCGGGUCUGUACAUUAACUACCCUGCUCUUCUAGCUUACUAACUACAAGCAGAAGUGAGGGGGAAAAAAACUGGUGAAGUAUUAAUCUGUGCAACGAUUUUGCACUUUUUAAACAUUACUUUCCCUUGUGCAUCUGAUUAUUAUUUUCAAGAAGGUGAAACGACUGUGUCCUUGAAGGGAAGAUCAUUUGUAACAUCUGUUAAAAGGCCAUCCCUGUCUUCGUGGCCUUUCUUGCCCUGGUGUGACCCCAGCUGCUAGUCUUAAAAUUCAGUUCAUGUGCUGGUCUUCAUCAAGCCACUGCUGCUACCGUAUUUCACGCUGAAACCCAGGACCGACGUGUAUUCUGGGUUUUUUGGACCGCCACGUCGAUCCAGCCCCUCUUCUCCUGAACCGGCCAACCUCCCUGUCGAAGAUGUCGGCCCAAGCUCCAACGGACCCAAACCUGCGGAGAUUCUUCUCGACGAUGACCAAGAGGACCUCUUUGCUGAGGCCACAGAGGAAGUGUCCCUGGACAGUCCGGAGAGGGAGCCCAUCCUCUCUGAUGGUCCAUCUCCUGCCAUCACUCCUGUGACUCCUACAGCUCUGAUCGCACCUCGGGCCGAGCCCAGUGUCAUCAUGGUCUCCGGCAUGUUCGAGCAAUCCCUCGAUGAGCUGGAGGAGGAUGCGUCGGGGGACUCCUUCGACAUUCAGAUCUCGGUCUCCGAUCCAGAGAAAGUCGGAGAUGGUAUGAAUGCUUACAUGGCCUACAAAGUCACCACGAAGACGUCCCUGAUGGUUUUCAGCAGAAACGACUUCUCCGUGAAGAGACGCUUCAGCGACUUCCUUGGCUUGCACAGCAAACUGGCCUCCAAGUACAUGCAUAUUGGCUACAUUGUGCCACCCGCACCAGAGAAGAGCAUUGUGGGCAUGACGAAAGUCAAAGUGGGGAAGGAGGACUUGUCAUCCACAGAAUUUGUGGAGAAGCGAAGAUCUGCUUUGGAAAGGUAUCUGAUGCGGACGGUGAAGCACCCAGUUCUGCUGCAGGAUCCAGACGUCCUACAGUUUCUGGAGAGCUCUGAGCUGCCGCGUGCGGUUAGCACCCAGGCGCUCAGCGGGGCUGGGAUAUUGAGAAUGGUAAACAGGGCGGCCGACGCUGUCAACAGGAUGACGAUCAAGAUGAAUGAGGCAGACGUGUGGUUUGAGGAGAAGCAGCAGCAGUUUGAGAACCUGGACCAGCAGCUCAGGAAGCUCCAUGGCAGCGUGGAGGCUCUGGUGUGCCACAGGAAAGAACUCUCUGUCAACACGGCAUCCUUUGCUAGAAGUGCGGCCAUGCUGGGAAACUCCGAGGACCAUACGGCGCUGUCCCGGGCGUUGUCCCAACUCGCCGAGGUGGAGGAGAAGAUCGACCAGCUUCACCAGGAGCAGGCCUACGCUGACUUCUACCUGUUCUCCGAGCUACUGGGGGACUAUGUGCGGCUCAUUACCGCGGUAAAGGCCGUGUUCGAGAAUCGCAUGAAGACCUGGUCCAAGUGGCAGGAUGCGCAGCUCAUGUUGCAGAAGAAGCGGGAGGCCGAGUCCAAGCUGCAGUUCACCAACAAGCCGGACAAGUUGCAACAGGCUAAGGAUGAGAUCAAGGAGUGGGAGGCCAAGGUCCAGCAGGGGGAACGAGACUUUGAGCUGAUCUCAAAAACCAUUCGCAAGGAGGUGGGCAGGUUUGAGAAGCAGAGAGUGAACGAUUUCAAGGUGGUCAUCAUCAAGUACCUGGAGUCGCUAGUGCAGACCCAGCUGCAGCUGAUAAAAUACUGGGAGGCUUUCUUACCGGAAGCCAAGGCUAUCGCGUGAGCAGACCGCCAGCCGGCCGCGCCGACGGGACUGGCCAACGAUCGCACUUCUGUUUACAUCAUAACCUCACGUUAAAGAUGAUGCACGGAUGAAGCAAAUCGAAAUCCUCCCAAAUAAAACCACUAUAUAUAUAAAUAUAUAAAUAUAUUUUUAAAUAGUUUUGUUUCGAGGGUGCUGGUCCUCGCCUGAUUCGGAUCGGGCUUUGAAGCCUGCAGAGCUCUUCGAAUGGCUGACGUCUGGUCUCCUGUUUUGAUUUCAUUUUUGAUUUUUGAUGUGUGUUAUUUUUAUUUUAUUUCAGCACUUCGUGCUUUUUUUUUUAGUCGAUUUUUUUUUUGUUUGUUUAAUAAAGUCUUGUCUGAAGUACUUAUUAGAAAUUUGUUGAAUUUUCCCUUUACAUUCCUCAGCAGAAGCAUUUGAAUACUGUUAAUAAAGGAUUUACUUCAAGGAGUAAA